CAGACAGCGAACAGCGAAGAGAGCUAGAAAACAACUUUCAAUCAAUACUGGACAAAUACUCAGGAAUCGGAAAACAGACGUGACUUUGUUCGGGGACUGAUUAUUUGAAUCUGAUUACAGAAAGACUCUGACUUUUCCUCUUCUAGACAUAGUAAGCCCGUUCUUCUCUUGAGCUCUGCAUAAAUCUUUACUCUGCGCGAUUUAAAAAAUGUUCUCCUCUAAACGCAUCGAGCCUUUAAACAAAGGCUCAAGAUAUUCAACCUUAGCACACACAUUCAUUAAUGACACAUUCAUAAUUAUAGAGCGUGUAGUCAAGAAGAUGUGCCGUGCGUAAAAGCGGUGGCACCAUUCCCAGCUUGACGCACAACAUGCCGGAUGACUUGUGAGUGGUUCCAAAGUCAGAUCAAAAGAGACGUUAACAGUCAGAUCUAUUUAAAAAAAAGAAGAAGAAGCAAAGAUAGAGCUGACAAAUACAGCACAUCAUCAUCUGUGACUCAACUGCUUACAGUCUAAUUCCUCAUACGACUACACUACUGUGAAGCUACGUGUAUGAUAUGGUCGGAUGUGGAAUGGAAGCACACCUGCCUCACUGGAGUUCGCUCAGGGCGCACGGUGCGCACACAAAGCUAUAGAAUUAUCGGAGGAGUUUAAUGUAGUGAUUAUUGGUCUUUCUUGUGCACGGACUGUUGAUUGAGACAAACUGGAUUGUUCCUUUUUUAUAGUUCAAAAUCACCUUUUCAUCGCUUUACUUCACAUUUUAAAGGGUGGGGGCUGCUCCGACUUCUGUCUCGAAAGUAUGGGAAAAGAAGAAGGAGGAAAGAGUUUCUUCUAAAUCACUGGAAUCAAGCCACCAUAUGGACUGUGAACAAUGGAGCAACAAGACCAAAACCUCUGGUAUCCCUUUUCAUCCGAGCUCAACUCCUCUACAUCCUCACCUAUCCUCUUCUCUUAUCCUCGCCUUUUCAACAUCUCCUCCAACAUUUCCACUCAGAGUGUCCCCUUUCAGGGCAGCAGCACUCUGAUGACCGCAGUCAUAUCCCUCACAGUCUUCGUGGUGGGUCUGACCGGCAACACUUUGGCGAUCUAUGUGGUGCUGCGCUAUGCCAAAAUGAAAACAGUCACCAAUAUCUACAUCCUGAACCUGGCUGUGGCUGAUGAGCUGUACAUCGUCGGGCUCCCCUUUCUUACCACACAGAAUGUACUCUCCUAUUGGCCCUUUGGCUCUUUCCUGUGCCGCGUGGUCAUGACUGCAGACUCCAUGAACCAGUUUACGUCUAUCUUCUGUCUCACAGUAAUGUCCAUCGACCGUUACCUGGCUGUGGUUCAUCCAAUCCGCAGCACCAAGUGGAGACACCCCCGCAUAGCGAAGGUAGUGAGCGCAGCUGUGUGGGCCGUUUCCUUUGUGGUGGUCCUGCCAGUGGUCAUCUUCUCUGAUGUGCAGGAUACAUUUAACUCCUGCAACAUGAUCUGGCCAGAGCCGAAGGAUGUGUGGUCAACAGCCUUCAUUCUCUACACUGCCACAGUGGGUUUCUUUGGACCACUGCUCAUCAUUUGCCUCUGUUACCUUCUUAUUGUCAUCAAGGUGAAGUCCUCUGGAGCACGGGUUGGUUUCUCUAAGCGCCGACGCUCAGAGCGCAAAGUGACCCGAAUGGUGGUGGUGAUUGUGGUGGUGUUUGUGCUCUGCUGGCUGCCGUUCUUCAUCAUCAAUAUGGUCAAUCUGGUGGUCAUCAUCCCGGAGUCCAGUGCCACUGCUGGCAUCUACUUCUUUGCUGUCAUCUUGUCUUAUGCCAACUCAUGUGCCAAUCCGUUUCUCUAUGGUUUCCUAUCAGACAACUUUAAACAGAGCUUCAGGAAAGUGCUGUGUGUGAGGACCAUGAGGUGCGUUGCCAAUGGUGUAGAUGAUGGUGACCCCAGUGCCCCGCGCACUGAGAAAACCACAGCACAAGACUGCAUCCUGCUGUCCCCGCGUAACCAGGUCUAUCACGAUCCCCAGAGCAGCCAGAUCUCACCUCACCCGCCGGGCUCACCAAUGACUCACACUGCAGCAGACCUGCACCGCUCCACCCCUGCAUGUAAGUUUCAGUCCACUUACCCAGGAACCGGACCGGCCACUACGACAGCAGCCUCGAUGCUAAACUCUGUUGUAACUGCAGCUGAACCUCCCACAGUCACUCCCCUGACCACUAGCUCCUCCUCUGGAUAAUUAGGGCCACAUGAACAGUAGCAGAGAAACUCACAGAUGAACUGAGAAAGAAAAACAUAUUUUAAGACUACAGAGGAGGAAGUUGGAUUAAGUGAUCAAAGUGGCAAAAUCAAUGCUUUUCUGCCUUUUUGUCAACUAUUUUAUUACUACCACACACACUCAUUCUACAUCCAUUAUAGCACAUUGGUGGAAAAAAAAAAUCACAACAUUUUUGUUUAUCAAGACCAAUUUUGUUCAUUUCAGCAGCCUGACAUAAGUGCCUUUCCAGCUAUAAUCAACACAGCUCCUAAAAUAAACAUUUACACCUUACUCCUUUCAUUUUAUGUUGGUCAUGUAACACUGAAGAAUGUAUUUACCUAUCAGAACCAAAAAGCCUCUUAGGACUUAUUUCAUUCGGUGGAUGUAAUUUCCUGCAGGUAGCAAAUAUGAGGGGUUUAUUUGGGCAUUAUAGGGUCCUCUCUACAACAGCUUUAAUCAAACAGCGCAGUAAUUCAUCAUAUUUUCUCAUUUCCAACUGCUGCUUAUUUCUGCUUUCUUACUUAAGUGGAUAAAUUGUGAUGAUUGAAUCCGACAUCUGUAUUUGCUUUGCGUAAAAGUCUUUUGUGAUCUCAUUUGCGUAUUGAUAAGUUUAAAAGAAAAGGGAAACAAAACGAAAAAUGGCUUGCUUGUCUUUUCUCAAAGUAAAUGUGAUGCUUUGGCAGCUCUAUGCUUCUCUGUAAACAUGUAGCCCCCCUUAAAGCUAAAACGCCUGACAUUUUUCGAUAUAUGCUUCUUGCAUUUGUUUUUGUGUUCAUGUGAUGUGUGUGCACAGUAAAGAUAAACUUUAUUUGAUGAACUGGCGAUACAAGGUGUUUUGCAAAAAUUACCAAAAAGAAAAAUAAAAAAUACUCAAGAGAAAAAGACAAAAAUAGCAAUAUUAUUCACAAGAAAGGGACACAUUUAAACAUUAAAAAAGACCUUUCAACACAUUAUGCAAAUGUCAGUCUGUACAAGUGGGUUUUUAAAAGCUUCUGGAUUUGACACAGCUGAUCUGAUAGUAAGGAGAAGGUAUAAAAGUCUGUUCCACAUUUGUUUUAAGCCCUUUUAAUAGGAACUGAUUCUCUGAAGUCAGGAAUCUGGGCACAGAAUAAUAGGUUAGCAUGUAAACAGAGCCAUUCCAUGUAACAGUCUGGUUAUUUGUGCCUGUUUUACUUUGCUCUACCCAGUGUAUGUAUUUAUUUUUGUCUUUGCAAGAGUUGCGAUGUAGCAGCAUAUGUUGUUACCAGCGCUAUUGGGUGUAAAAUAAAUGCUAGAGUAAAUCAGAUGAGACAGGAGACACUGUGCCUUUGGCCUUUGCAAUUGCACCACCUACAUUUCAUUCUAAAACAUCUAGAUCAUCUUAGGUACAAUUUAAAACAUCUUAGGUACAAUUUAAAUGCUUAAAGCAAACUUUAAAGAACAAGUUUGAGCACAGCUUCUCCUUUAGUGGUAGUAUGUCUAAAGUAUUGAUGUAUUAUUAUGUACGUAUUGUUUAUACAUUUUCUGGCUGCCAUGUCUAUAAAGCCAACAACCAGUGACUGAAAAUCAGUAUAUUGUUGAGAAUAUUCAUUAAUGCAAUUGAAUACUGUAAUACAAUAAAAUAACUCACAGUAAUGGGAUUAGUUUACACUAGUAGACAAUCUCGCUGAUGGAUUGUUCAUAUUAGUGGCACAAAGAGUGUGAGUGUAAUGGAGUGGAGGCAAUGAAUAAUGUAAACUAAUAGAAGCAAUGGAAUAACAAAAAAAAAACCCAAGGCUGAUUAAAAAGGCUUUUACAUGCAA